AUGUGGCAGCCCGACCAUACUGGCACCAUUGAUAUUGCCAUUAACAACAACGGCGAAUGGUUCCAUGAAGGCGCUAAGAUCCAGCGACAGGCAUUAGCGGAUCUGUUUGCCACUAUUUUAAGAAAGGAAGGGGAUGCCUACUUUCUUGUAACCCCGGCGGAAAAAAUGGCGAUCCAGGUGGCUGACGUGCCUUUUAUCGCAACCGAUUUAGAUGUGCGCGGCAGUGGCAAAGCAACGGAGUUGUUGUUCACGACCAACGUGGGUGACUAUGUUAUGGCAGGGCCUGACAAUCAGAUUGUUAUGCGUGGAGAACGCCCGUAUUUACAUAUCCGCAAUGGCUUGGAAGCGCGCCUGACGCGCAAUGUUUACUAUCGGCUGAUCGAGCACGGCAUCGAAGAGGCGGAUCAUCUCUACGUCUACAGCCAAGGCCAACCCUUUGACCUUGGCUUGCUCCACUAA